ACGAUGGCAAUCCUAGAGCUCUUCAGAUUAAUCAACUCCUCUCUGCUCAUCAGUCAGCGGCCUCUGAACAUCUCAUCGGCCGAGAAGACUGUGUACCACAGCUGCACAGAUAUGCCUGCCAUCCUCAUCUUUUACUUGGUGCUGCAGUUCAUCAACAUGUUCCUGGGCAUCCCGACCAACAUCAUGGUUUUGUGGCUCAUUCGUAAGAAUAAGGGCGACUCGUCUACCUCAGACAUCUUCAUCGUCCACCUGGCCGUACUGGACAUGUUCUUCUGCCUCAUUCCUCCGCUGGAGCUGGCCAACAUCGUCUAUCUGACCACCAGCAGCACCUGGUACGUCCUGCGCUUCUUCUACGGCAUCAAAGACUUGUCGCCGCUCUUCCUGUCCUGCAUCUGUCUGGACAGAUAUAUGGCCGUCCUGCAUCCCAUCACCUUCACCAAACUCAAAGACAAGAGGCAUCGCUCUGUCUGCGCUGGCGUCGUCUGGUUCAUCACUUUGGUCUAUGCCGCAGCGAAGUGUGUUGGAAACAUCCCUAACUUUGAGAAAGUGUUCACAGUCAUGAUCCUGGCAGCGUUCGCAUUCAUGCUGUUUUGUAACAUCUCCGUUCUCUGGGCUCUGAGACAGUCGGCUCCAGGUCGAGAUGAGAGACAUCCGGUCAAGAAGAAAGCCUUCAAAAUGGUCCUCAUCAUCUUGGCCAUCAUUGUGUUUAACUACUUCCCGCCAGUGGCUCUCUUUCCCUUUCGAGAGUAUUUCUCUCCAGAUGUCUUCCGCUGUUAUAUCCACUACAUCGCCUUUGGCUUCAUGGACAUCAGCAGCAGCAUCCAGCCAGUUCUGUAUCUGUCGCGGGAGAAGCUGCCCAAAACCCUGCGCUGCUGCUCUAAAAACACUGAAUGUACUGAUGAUGCUGUUUACACCGUCUGA